AUGGCUUCACGUGACUCUGAUGCAAUUAUACAGAAGAAACGUACAGUCAUUGAUGCUAUUAAGCACAAUCUUCAAUACACUGUAAACGAAGAAAAGGUGUACCAAUUAUCUGACUGCACCGAAAAAUAUGUUAUUAUUUUUGGGUGGAAUCAUUCAAGCCGAUUAUUUAUGUUUCAAGUCAUUCGCGACAGUGAUGAUAUUUCGAGCGAGUGUUCUACCAGUAGUCUUAAGGACGCAAUACUUACAACUUGUUAUGUGAAGUUUAAUGAUGAAAAAGGAACAAAUAUCUGUGUGUUGAAACUAAUCGACACCCCUGCUCUGCAACUGUUAAUGCCCCAAACUGAGGGUGCCAUGGGCGGCACACAACAACUACCAGAUGGAGCCAAUACUUUUGAGUCAGCUUUUGAACAACAUAACUCGUGCAUUCUCUCGUUUGCCUCUCAAAUCGAUUUGUUCAUAUAUGUCUGUGAAGAUGGAGAAGAAAUGAAGAUUUUACCAUGGUUGGCAUUGACAGCAGACCGGAAAGAUCGCACUUAUCUAAUUCUUAAACUUGAUAAAACUGUUAGUGAGCAAGAAAGACAACAUCGAAUGGAUAAAAUAGCAGAGACUAAUGAAAUUAAAGCAUAUUUUGACGAUCGUAUCUUUUGUUUGGCUGCCCCAACUCAAAAAAAAGAUGAAAAUGAAUCAAAUAAUGUUAACAUGAUGAGAUCUAAAUUUUUAGAACAUUUCCUUCUUCGAAGUUUUGAUAAAAAGUAUGAAGUUCAACCAAAACAAAACAUCCCCGCAGCGCCAAAACGAAAUAAUUUAUUCAACAGUUUUUUUAAUAAAAUAAUGAAAUAA